UGUGUCUCUAUUUCUGUCCGUAAAAAAAAAAAAAAAAAGCAAAAAAAAAAUGGAAUCGCCGUUUAAGCCGGAAAUACUGAAAGGAAAAGUAGCUCUAUUGACCGGAGGUGCUUCCGGGAUCGGCUUCGAGAUAUCAACACAGUUUGGUAAACAUGGUGCUUCUAUCGCCAUCAUGGGUCGUCGCAAAUCCGUCGUUGACUCCGCCGUCUCUUCCCUCCAAUCUCUCGGUAUUCCGGCUGUUGGCUUUCCGGGGGAUGUUCGAAAUCAGGCAGAUGCAAAGAGAGUAGUGGAAUCCACUGUUGCACAUUAUGGAAAGCUCGAUAUCCUCGUGAAUGCUGCAGCUGGAAAUUUUCUGGUGUCCCCUGAAGAUUUGUCCCCAAAUGGAUUUAGAACAGUGGUGGACAUCGAUGCUGUUGGGACAUUUACGAUGUGCCAUGAAGCAGUGAACUAUCUUAAAAAAGGUGGACCUGGAAGAAGCUCAGAUGAAAGUGGUGGAAUGAUACUCAACAUCAGUGCCACCCUGCAUUAUACGGCUGCUUGGUAUCAAAUUCAUGUAAACGCUGCUAAGGCUGCAGUGGAUGCAAUUACAAGAAAUUUAGCACUAGAAUGGGGUACUGACUAUGAUAUCCGAGUAAAUGGGAUUGCACCUGGACCAAUAGGUGACACUCCCGGCAUGAGAAAACUUGGGCCGGAUGAAAUAGAGACCAAUAGAGAAUACAUGCCUCUGUUCAAACUCGGGGAAAAAUGGGAUAUUGCAAUUGCAGCCCUCUAUCUUGCAUCAAGUGCUGGUAAAUAUGUGAAUGGGAUGACCCUCAUUGUUGAUGGAGGACUAUGGUUAAGCCGUCCACGACAUAUGCCAAAGGAUGAAGUGAAAAGGCUUUCCCGAAUAGUAGAAAAAAAGGCUAGAGCUGCACCCGUGGGGGUACCUUCUAGCAAACUGUAGCCUAAUGGAAUCACUCGCUUCUCAAUAAGAAAUUGAUUUGUGCCUUGGAUUGUUUACAGACUGGGAUCUUGGUAAUGACUAUUAUAAUUGAUAUUGAUGUGA